AUGCGAAUACAGGGCCAAAUUCCCCCGGGUUUGGUCCUUGUCUGCCUCACCCAUCUAUUCGCGUCGACCACCAACAACCACGAGCUGCCAUUAUGGCCAGAUAGACUGGGACUGUCACUCAGCGGCGACUGCAUCGCGUUUGGCCACAGCCGCGUCGGAUCGUCGCCAGCUCGUUGUCGCCCAACAAACCGACCGUGUCUGUCUCAAUGCGGCACUGCCCGAGACUGCCCCAUGACGGUCGGGACGAUAAGCCAUGGCGGGCCUCCCGCCCGCUCCAUUAGCAGCAUGUGGCAGCAGAGCGACACCCGCGACGAUUUCGAAAUCAGCCACUCGGCUCCCGUCCUCAUACACGGACGACACCUGGCACAAGCUGCCACCUCAUCUCUCUUCAGAGCCAAACUUGUGGGUUUGGUAUGGGUCUGGCAUACUGCCAACGAGUCGUGUCAUGUGCCAGUAGCAGGGGCGCGAAGCUCAGGACGCACGUGUCCCCACCGAAGACAACACGUCAAAUUCCCAGACUUUUCUAUCACCAUGGCCAGACAACAACACUGA